GUGUAGUUAAGCGUGUUAUCAAAUUCGAAAUCUAGCAGCUAAUGAUGUUCAUUGAUUGAAAAUUCUUAUUCACUUGAUAAUUAUUGUCAAUUGAUGUACCGUAUGUGAAUCUUUAAGAGUUAUAUUCCAGUUCAAGAGCAAGAGUUCACCAGAUAUCAACAUUGAAAUUGAAAGUGUUUCGAUUUGACCACCAGUGCCAAUAAUAGUUUCACAAGACUAAAAUGUAUUCGGCUUUAACGAUGAACCAGAAAGUGUACAGGAGUAGAAUAUGGAAGAAGUUUGUCCGCAAAAAAGCAGUGGACAGAGCGCGCAUGCAGCAGACAGAGCUGCGCCGGGCUCUCGAUCUGAUAGACCUGACCACUUUCGGCAUUGCCAACACUUUCGGCCUGGGGGUGUACGUGCUUGCCGGCAUGGGUGCGCGUGUCGCCGGCCCUGGCAUCUGUGUGUCGCACUUCAUUGUCGGAGUGGCCACCACUAUUACAGCUCUUUGUUAUGGGGAAUUAGCGGCAGCUGUUCCUAGGUCCGGCUCAGUGUAUAGCUACACUUACGUUUUGAUGGGAGAAUUCAUGGCUUUCAUCUUUGGCUGGUUGCAGUGCUUGGAAAAUAUAAUUGGAGUCGCAUGUUUGGGAGGAGGACUCAGUACAUACAUUGAUAACAUGAUUGAUAAUAAGCUAGCUGAUUAUUUUGCUGAGAUCAACAUUCCAGUAGUUCUUGCAGAGCCCAACGUGUUUGCAGCCUUCCUCAUCGCAAUAUGCAGCUGCAUAUUGGUUGGUGGCGUGGAGCUGUCAGUAACAUUCCAAAAACUUUUGACAUUUCUGAAUCUAACAACUCUAACUAUAAUAAUUGUUAUUGGUGUUUGUAAUGCUGACUUGAAAAACUGGUCGUGGAAACCGGGAGAUGAGGAUUUCCCAACCGAUGGGAGCGGGGGAUCAGGAGGCUUCUUUCCAUUCGGAUUCCACGGUGUUCUGGUUAUAACUAGACACUGUGUGUAUGCUUACAGAGGCUUUGAAGGCAUAUCUUGCGCUGGAGAAGAAGCAAAAAAUCCACGGAAACUGAUACCACUGGCCAUUUUAUUGACACUCAUAAUAGCUUCCGUCUCUUACAUUGGAGUAGCUGUGGCAUUAACUCUUAUGUGGCCAUACUUUGAUGAGAGUAUAACAUCACCCUUUCCAUAUGCACUUGACAUGACAAAUAUGCAUAACGUGAAGUGGGUAGUAUCAACAGGUAUACUCUUCUGUCUUUGUGCCUGCUUGCUUGGAAACACGUACACUUGUACUCGUGUGUUAUAUUCUAUGGGAGCAGACGGUCUUAUAUUGAAAUGGUUUGGAAAGGUAAAUUCAAAAACGAAGACGCCCAUUUUCUCCACUGUUGCUACAGCAUUACUCAGUGGAGCAUUUGCAAUCAUACUUGGUACAGACGAUUUCGUUAGAACUAUUGUUUCUAUAGUCAAUUUGGUAUCACAUACAGUGGUGUCAGUGUGUGUACUCCUGCUAAGGUACAGAAAUGUGCAUGAGCAAUGCUCUCAACAUGAGCAGGAUGGAUCGCCUAUUCGGAUGGAGGUCUUACUAAAUCUGAAAGCUCAUUCCAAAACACCAACUGCGCAGUCGUACUUAAUCGUCAAGAUUACUAUUCUAAUAAUGUGCUUAUUGAUCUACUUCAGCUAUGGAAUCGGACAUAGUGUGGAAAAUACCGAAAAAGAACAACCAUCAGAAUCUGGAAGUUGCUUUCAGAGCAAUUCUGCAAGUAUGACAUAAUAAUGAGGUUUCACUGAGAACUUUGAUAGAUGCUUUUUAGUGCUAAUCUACAAUCUCGUAGCCCAUUCCGUUCAAAAAUUCAUCAAUCGAAUUGAUUAUUUUUAUUAUUGGUAAGGAAAAUGAAAAAUAUUUUUUUGCUUACGGAAAAAGUGGAGAGGAGAGCUAGAUUAAUGGAAAAUAAAUAAAUUGAUGUUGUAUUUCAUGAAAACACUUAUAUAAUAAAGAUUUUCUAUUAUU